AUGGAUCCAGAUUUUGUGCGGGCAAUUUUAUGCAGCAGUGGGCAGUUUAACGAAACAAUAAAAUAUGAAGAAUUGGAUCAGCUGGUGGAAAAAGUACCUGCUGUUGAUGCCCGGACAAUUACCGCGCUUUCAAAGUCUCUCGCUGAUUCUAUUUGUUAUAAAAUUUCCCCAGAAGCUCACAUAAAAUAUUCUGUGCGACUCCAAUUAAUAGAUAUUCUUCGAGAUUGGCUGCAUCCACCACUAGGCCUUGGAGAUCAUCGACCAUUCUGUCAGAGUGAGAACAUCCUCGAGCUAAGUAAGACAAUUAUCAUCAAAUAUUUACAAAAAAAAAAAUUAUGCGAUGAUAACGCGACUCCGGAGCAAUUGAUCACCUUGAUAAGAUCACUGAUGAACAUCGCGAGUAUCAACCCAAUUUACGCGCAAUAUUUAAAACUAAUCAUCAAGCAAAUAACCGAAUUAGAGGUAGCAGCAAAUUACAAGCUAGUGCAAUUUAUUCUAAGCAACGAAAAAGAAAUAAAUUUGGAAUUUUCCGCUGUUGAAGAUUUGAUAAUCUGCCAAAGGGAGAAAAUUAUCGAAGAGCCGAUAGUUGACUGCUUUAUUUCCAAUAUCAACUCUCAAGAUCAGUUUAGGACAACGGAGAGUUUUGAUAAGUUGAUGAAGAAGACUGCUUAUUCUCCGAAAAUUUUUCAGGUCGUUUGUAGCUUGCUGGGCAAGCUCUGCGCUCAGUUACAAUUUUCCUCUUUUGUUUUAGUGUUUAUACAAUUUAUUUUGAAGACUAUUGUCUCGCUGCGCGAUGAUGAAGAGAAAAAUUUGCUUAAUCUUUAUCCGAUUAAUUUGCAAUCUCAUGUAAUUCUUUUGAGGAUCGAACCUCGUUUUUCCACGGAGAAUUCAAACAAGUAUUUGUUGGAGAGCUUGAGAAAAAUUUAUUCUGAAGAUAAAGAGCAAAUUUUAAUUCUCAUUACUCAUUUUCCUAAGUGGUUAGACGAGUUGGUACUUUUUUUAUGA